AUGUGUAGCAUACAUAGUACUGCUGCACAGAGCAGUAAAGCAGCAGCACCCAGCCAGAAAGGGUUAAAGCAUCAGGGAUACCCCUGGAAGCUGCUCGGAAAACAGGGGUCCCCUGGACACGGAGCUACAUGUAGGACUGGGGUUGGAAAAAGUAUAAAAGGGAAGCAAACGAAGGUUAGACAAAAGGUUGACAAAGAGUUAGCAGAGAGAGAGCCGCGCAUAGCAGAGGCGCCACAGAGUCCAGCAGAAGAGACAGAUGAGUCCCUGGACUGGGGACUGCAGAACGUGUCGGAGGAUACAGAUGGUGCACAGGAUACAGAUAGCAUAGAAGAUACCGAGUAUGUGAGCAGUGGAGACAGUGAGGUUAUUGCGGGAUAUGGGUCGGAAAGCUCGACAGAGGAGACACGCAACACGAUUGGAGGCGUAUCUCUCGAUAAGUAUGCAGGGUAUCCACACAUUGGUUAUGAUAUCAAUGGGAGGAAAAUCAUGAGGCCAGCAACAAAGACAGCCGUUGAUUCUCUUCUUGAAGCAAUGGACAAAGAGGGAUGGACAGGAGUGAUAAGCAAGGAGACAGGAGAAGAAGUGAGGCUUACGGCAGAGGAACUCGAUCUCGUCAGAAAGAUACAGCAGGGGCGGGUGCCGGAUGACGAGUUUGAUCCGUACGAGGCAUAUAUCGACUAUUUUUCCGGACAAGUGGAAAAGAUGCCUUUGAGUGCCCGUCCUGAGCCAAAAAGGCGAUUUGUGCCGAGCAAGCAUGAACAAGCAAAGAUAAUAAAAAUUGUCCGAGCGAUUCGCGAGGGCAGGAUUGUACUCAAGUCCGAGGCCGAUUGGGAAAAGCAUCCCGUGUUUUACGACAUUUGGAGCGAUGCGUCUGCCAAAACACAUGAGCACAUUAUGCAUAUUCCUGCACCAAAAAUGCCGCUGCCUAUUCACAGCGAAAGUUACAAUCCUCCCGAGGAAUAUUUACCAUCGGACGACGAGAUAGACAAGUGGAAUCAUACGCUUCCCGAGGACCGGGAAACCAACUAUUUACCAUCAAAGUACCGGUCCUUAAGGCUUGUCCCUGGGUAUGAUCGGUUCAUGCAAGAGCGCUUCGAACGGUGUUUGGAUCUUUACUUGGCACCUCGAGUGCGAAGAAAUAGGUUGAAUAUAGAUCCGGACUCUCUUCUCCCAAAGCUUCCACCGCCUGAGGAUCUUCGUCCGUUCCCGACAAGGUGCUCAACCGUGUACAAAGGCCAUGAAGGACGUGUGCGUUCGAUCGACGUGGAUUCAAGCGGUUUGUGGCUUGCAAGUGGAGGUGACGAUUGUGUGGUCCGUGUCUGGGAAGUCAUCACUGGCAAGGAGAUGUGGCGUUUCCACAUCGAAAACACCGACAAUCCAGUAGACUCUUUGGCAUGGAGGCCCACGAAGAAUUCGGAUUUGAUUUCCGUAUCAUGUGGGAAUCAUGUUUACAUGCUUUUACCCUCUGUACUCAACGAUAAGGUUAAAGAUGCGGCGAAAGAGCUUUCCACUUCCGGAUUCAAUACAGACCCGUCACAAACCGCCAAGACUCUCGCAACCUGGUCCAGACCCAGUUCUACACAAGUCGACAGAGGACUGGUUCUUUCGUUAAAUGUCAAGAAGCGUGUUCGACGAGUUGUUUGGCAUCGUCAGGGCGAUUACUUUGUUACACUUGCACCGGAAAACGGGAACACCGCGGUUCUGGUGCAUUUGCUUUCUAAACACCAGUCGCAAACACCGUUCAAAAAAAUAAAAGGACUCGUUCAAACACUGGCUUUCCAUCCUACAAAGCCUCUUUUUUUCGUAGCGACGCAACGAUACGUAAGGGUUUACAAUCUCGUAAAACAGGAAUUGGUAAAGAUCAUUCAGCCCGGAUUAAGGUGGAUAUCGUCGAUCGAUAUCCAUCCUCAAGGAGACAACCUCAUUCUUGGGUCUUAUGACAAAAAGCUCGCAUGGAUCGAUAUGGAUUUGUCUCCUCGGCCAUACAAAACUUUGUGUUAUCACACAAAGGCUUUACGAAGCGUAGCUUUUCAUAAGGGAAUUUAUCCACUAUUUUGCUCUGCAAGCGAUGACGGAUCCAUUCAUGUUUUCCAUGGAAUGGUAUACAACGACUUGAUGCAGAAUCCCCUCCUUGUCCCAUUGAAGAUUCUCAAGGGACACGAAAUUACAUGUUCUCUCGGGAUACUCGAUGUACAAUGGCAUCCGAGGCAACCAUGGUUGUUUUCUUCCGGGGCAGAUGCAACGAUUCGGCUUUGGACAUAG